UGUUUUUUCACUCUACUGAAACGGUUCUUCCUUUGCAUGGUUUUAGUUCACCGUUAUGCUCCAGAGUAGCCUACGUUCCAAAGUUUUGUAUAUAUUUGCUUAUAAUAGAUUAUUGCUUAGUACUUUGUAGCUGCCUGGCAGCCCUAAAAUAUUGCAAAUGGUGCCGAAACGGUUAACGCAAGAAGCGCCUUUUUCGCAAACAUUUUUCAAUUCCCUCAUUCUCAUUUGAGUUUAGCUUUCAUUCGGUUGAGUUUGACUCUGUGCGCGUGUGAAUUAAGAAUUUUAAAAAUAUUUCAGCGUGUUUAACUGUCCUUCGGUUUGACUUCGGUGCUUAUUUAAUUUAAGCGUGCGACUCAGAUUGUUUUUAGCGCUCGCUUUAAAUUCAAAGGCAGACCAAAGGAGUGUGUAUUUCAAAAAAUUCCAAGACUCUGCGCAACCCAAUUUUCGUUUUUAUACAACUAAACGCUAGUUAAGAAAACUAUUCGAAACAUGAGUGAUUGGGAAGAUGAGCCAGUGGCCAUUGCACCGGCAGCACCUGUUGCAAUUUCAAGUGCUAAUGAUGAUGACUGGGGAGAUACUCCGUCGGUCACCAAAAAAAAUGAUUCCGAAUGGGGUGGUGGCGGCGGCGGUGGCGGUAAUGGCUAUCGCGGACGUCGCGAUGGUGAAGAAGGCGGAGGAGGUGGUUAUCGUGGACGUCGAAAUGAUGAUGGCGGCGAUGGUGGCGGCCGCGGUGGAGGUUUUAAUCGCGAUGGAGGAGAUCGUGGUGGUCGACGCCGCGAUGACGGUGAAGGCGGUGGUGAGCGUCGUCGACGUGAUGAUGGCGAAGGGGGUGGUGAGCGUCGUCGUCGCGAUGAUGGAGGUGGCGAUUUUAACAAUAACGAAGGAGAAGAUGGCGAGAAAAAAGCGAGGGAGUUCUACAUACCACCAGAACCCACAACUAAUGAAACUGAACUAUUUAGCACUGGCAUCUGUUCAGGCAUUAAUUUCUCCAAAUAUGAUAAUAUACCAGUUAAAGUAACUGGUGAGAAUGUGCCACAGGCUAUAAAGGACUUUGAAGGCGCUGGCUUGCGUCAAAUUGUGGUGGACAAUGUUGUCAAGUCUGGGUACAAGGUUCCCACGCCUAUUCAGAAGGUAGCGAUACCAGUCAUUGCAGAUGGACGCGAUUUAAUGGCCUGCGCUCAAACAGGUUCCGGCAAAACGGCUGCUUUUCUGUUGCCCAUUCUGAGCAACUUACUCGAUAAGAGUCAAGAUCUUGAAAUCGGCAAGCCACAGGCCGUAAUUGUAUCUCCUACUCGAGAGCUGGCCAUUCAGAUAUUUAAUGAGGCGCGUAAAUUUGCCCAUAGCUCUUAUUUGAAGAUAAGCAUCGUUUAUGGCGGCACCUCGGUGAAGUAUCAGAACGAAUGCGUUGCCAAAGGAUGCCAUGUGCUGAUUGCUACUCCGGGUCGUCUCCUGGACUUUGUUGAUCGCGCAUUUAUUAUGUUCUCGGACACGCGCUUUGUUGUGCUGGAUGAGGCCGAUCGCAUGCUGGACAUGGGCUUCUCUGAGAGCAUGCGCAAAAUUAUUAAUCAUCCAACCAUGCGUCAGGAGCAUCAGACAUUGAUGUUCUCAGCCACUUUUCCCGAGGAGAUACAACGUUUGGCUGGCGAAUUUUUGACCAAUUAUAUAUUUGUAACCAUUGGCGUUGUCGGUGGUGCCUGCUCCGAUGUGCAGCAAACCAUCUAUGAGGUGAACAAGUUCAACAAGCGCUCCAAGCUAAUGGAAAUAUUGCGUGAGUCCGCCGAUGGUACCAUUGUCUUUGUGGAGACCAAGCGUGGAGCUGACUUCUUGGCCUCAUUUUUUUCGGAAACUGAGUUUCCUACGACUUCGAUUCAUGGCGAUCGUUUGCAGAGUCAGCGCGAGCAGGCCUUGCGUGACUUUAAGAAUGGUACCAUGAAAGUGCUCAUUGCCACCUCAGUGGCAUCGCGUGGACUUGAUAUAAAGAAUAUCAAACAUGUUAUUAACUAUGACAUGCCCAGUAGCAUUGACGACUAUGUGCAUCGCAUUGGACGCACUGGACGUGUGGGCAACAAUGGUCGUGCCACCUCGUUCUUUGAUCCUGACAACGAUCGUGCGCUUGCUGGGGAUCUUAUUAAAAUUUUGAAAGGAUCUGGCCAAACCGUGCCUGAUUUUCUCAAUGAAAUGGGAGGUGGCGGCAACUAUACCGGCUCUAGCUUCGGCGGCAUUGAUGUUCGUGGUCAUGGUGAUACCGGGGCUGCUACCAACUUGGAAGCUGAACAGGAAUGGGACUAAACUUGACAUAUAACUUGUAUCGACGAAACA